CUGGUCAACACUAAACACAGGACGACCUUCAGCGCCACACAGGAGUAACAGCUGAUGCAAGAUCACUGAGUUUUGACCUAAGUUUCUGACUAGUUCAGUUUACUACUCCUUGUUCAUGAGUGACAAGAGGGUCAAGAGCGGAGAGGAAAGGCAGGAAGAGUGGAUCUGAGCCCAAAUAGUUUGAAGCACUGUGAACAGCCUCAGCCAAGAUGGUGUUAGCUGAUUUAGGUCGUAAGAUCACCUCGGCCCUCAAAUCCCUCAACAAUGCUACUAUUAUCAAUGAAGAUGUCCUCAAUGACCUCCUCAAGGAAAUUUGUGCUGCCUUGCUUGAAUCUGAUGUUAAUAUUAGACUUGUGAAGCAGUUGAGGGAAAAUGUACGUUCGGCAAUCGAUUUUGACGAGAUGGCAGGGGGCCUCAACAAGCGUCGGAUGAUCCAGACAACAGUGUUUAAGGAACUUGUCAAGCUGGUGGACCCAGGCACAAAGCCAUAUGUGCCUGUUAAAGGACGACCCAACAUUAUCAUGUUUGUUGGUCUACAGGGCUCUGGCAAGACAACAACAUGUACAAAGCUGGCAUAUUACUACAUGCGGAAAGGUUGGAAGACCUGCUUAGUUUGCGCUGAUACUUUCCGAGCUGGUGCCUUUGAUCAAGUGAAGCAAAAUUGUACUAAGGCGCGCAUCCCCUUCUAUGGCAGUUACACUGAGGUUGACCCAGUAGUUAUUGCCAUGGAUGGAGUGGAUCAGUUCAGAAAAGAAGGGUUCGAAAUUAUCAUCAUAGAUACUUCAGGCCGACAUAAACAAGAAGACUCGCUGUUUGAAGAGAUGUUGCAGAUCUCCAAUGUUUGUAAACCAGAGAACAUCAUCUUCGUCAUGGACGCCAGCAUUGGUCAGGCUUGUGAGUCACAGGCUCGGGCUUUCAAGGAGAAAGUGGAUGUAGGCUCAGUGAUCAUUACCAAGUUAGAUGGUCAUGCCAAGGGUGGUGGAGCAUUGUCUGCUGUUGCUGCCACACAGAGUCCUAUCAUCUUCAUUGGUACGGGUGAACAUAUCGACAACUUUGAGGAAUUCAAGACAAAGCCGUUUAUUUCCAAGCUGCUGGGUAUGGGAGACAUUGAGGGUCUUAUUGAAAAGGUAAAUGAUUUAAAACUCGAAGACAAUGAGGCACUGAUCAAGAAGCUACAACAUGGCCACUUCACCCUCAGAGACAUGUAUGAACAGUUCCAGAAUGUUCGCAAAAUGGGACCCAUGUCACAAAUUAUGGGAAUGUUACCAGGGUUUAGUACAGACUUCCUGACCAAAGGUGGAGAACAAGAGAGCAUGGCACGGCUGAAGAGGCUCAUGACCAUCAUGGACAGCAUGACUGAUGAAGAACUGGAUAGUCUGGAUGGAAAUAAACUCUUUCAGAAGCAGUUGAACCGCAUAAGCAGAGUUGCACGAGGAGCUGGAGUUAUGGAGAUUGAGGUGAAGGACCUCCUUAAUCAAUAUGCCAAGUUUGCUCAGAUGGUAAAGAAAAUGGGUGGAAUGAAGGGCCUCUUUAAGGGAGGAGACAUGUCGAAGAAUGUGAACCAGAUGCAGAUGAAUCAACUGAACCAACAGAUGGCCAAGAUGAUGGACCCUCGUGUGCUGCAGCAGAUGGGAGGCUUCAAGGGUUUAGAGUCCAUGAUGAAACAACUCCAGCAGGGUGGUGGACCCAUGGGAAUGGGCAAAAAUCCCUUCAAAUGAUUAAUUUGGGCAACAUAGUUCCCUUGGGGCCGACAUAAAGUGACAACAGAUUUUUAUAUGCGUGAGUGAUGUUUGCACUUUAAGGAUUUACUUACAUGGAAGCAAAGCUCUCAGAUUAAAAUGAAUUUGAAAAAUAAUAUAUUAUUUUUGAUAAGGAUUAGUAAAGUACUCCAGCUAUGUUGAUGAUUUAUUUAUUUACUUCAGUUUAGUCCUCAAGUUUAAAGGUAAGUAUAAAAAGAAAACAUCAGUAUUUCAGAUGCAUAUAAAUUUUAUGUUGCUAUUCAUUAGCAAUUGAUUAUAUAAUAGUAUCAUUUCUAUGUAAGGACUUCCUCGUAGUUUGUUACUUGUAAUAAGAAGGUGAAUUAUUAAAGAUUUUAUAA